UCGCCUCCCCAUAUUAUUCUCAUUCCACACGGAAAUCCGUAAACGGACAUUCCAAUUAAACGCUCAACUGUGUGCGGCGUGUGAAAAAUCUAUUCACUUAUAGAGCCCCAAAAGCUUCCUCAUCAAUGAAAAAGAAAGCGAGUAAUUUCAAAAGAAAUAGUGAAAGGAAAAACCCAUUACGAGUGUUGUGAUUAGGGAUCAAAGGGGGAGAAAAUUCUGCUGAUGACAAUGAGUGGGCUAUUUGAAGGGGAUCCGGGAAUGGCAGCCAAGGCGAUGGAGUUGAAGAGGGAACUGCAGAAGUUAGUGAAGGCAAUUGUAGAUGAGGAUGAUGUUAAUGUAGGGGCAAUUGAUAGGGCCCAGCAAAUGUUGUGUGCUUUAAAGGAAUUGAAGGUAAAACAAUCAUUAUCCUCCUCGAAGGUUCAUCCUCAUCAUCAUGAUACAAUUUCAGAGAAGAUUCCAGAGGAGUUUAAUUGCCCACUUUCCAAGGAACUCAUGAGGGAUCCGGUUAUUGUUGCAUCUGGUCAGACUUAUGAUAGACCAUUUAUCCAAAAAUGGUUGAAAGCUGGGAACAGGAUAUGCCCGCGAACGCAACAAGUACUCUCUCACACUAAUCUUACACCUAACCACUUGAUUCAGGAAAUGAUAUUACAAGGGUGCAAAAAUCAUGGGAUUGAAUUGCCGGAACCUGUCCAGUAUUCCGAUGAGGAUGUAUUAACUGAAGCGGAUCGAGAACAUUUCCUUUCUCUGCUAAGGAAAAUGUCUUCAACGUUAUCUGCUCAAAAGGAAGCUGCAAAAGAGUUGCGGCAGUUGACGAAAAAAAUGCCAUCUAUCCGGGCACUUUUUGGUGAAUCUGUUGAUGCCAUACCUCAGUUGCUUUCUCCAAUUGCUCAAAGCAGGUCAAGAAACAGUGUUCAUCCAGACCUGCAAGAAGAUUUAAUAACAACACUUUUGAAUCUCUCAAUUCAUGACAACAAUAAAAAGCUCGUUGUAGAAACACCAAUUGUUCUUCCUCUUCUUAUGGAUGCAUUAAGACUGGGAACAAUCGAAACAAGGAGCAAUGCAGCUGCCACACUUUUCACAUUAUCGGCUGUUGACUCAAAUAAGGUCCUCAUUGGAAAAUCAGAUGCCUUGAAACCCCUCAUUAACCUAUUAGAUGAGGGGCACCCUUUAGCAAUAAAAGAUGUUGCUUCAGCUAUCUUUAAUCUAUGUCUUAUUCACGAGAAUAAGUCAAGAGCUGUUCGAGAUGGUGCAGUGAGAGUGAUCAUGAAAAAGAUCAUGAAUGGAAUGCAUGUUGGUGAAUUACUGUCCAUCCUUGCUAUGCUUUCAACUAAUCAAAAGGCUAUUGAAGAAAUGGGAGAGCUUGGGGCUGUUCCAUGCUUGCUUCGUAUAAUUCGAGAGACCUCUUGUCCUCGCAACAAGGAGAAUUGCAUUGCUAUCCUUUAUACCAUAUGUUAUAGUGAUCCAUCCAAAUGGAAGGAGAUGAGGGUGGAAGACAGUACUUAUGGAACAAUCUCUCGGCUCGCUCAAAACGGUACUUCAAGAGCCAAGAGAAAGGCUAGUGGUAUUCUUGACAGACUGAAUAGAGCUGUCAAUCUUCCACAUACGGCAUGAUGAGUACUUUUAUGCAAAUAUUCUGUAAAUUCUGCAUAGUUUUCCCUUCACAACCAUUAAGGUAUAUUUUGGGCAUUUUAGCCUUUGUUCUGUAUAUUCUACUAUCUCAGCAGGUGUUGGACCCCACGUUUACGGCCAAUGGUUACUGUGAACAGUUUCCGAUAAGAUUCUCCAUAAAAUAGUUGAAUAAUUGAUGUCCGUGGUUUCGAGUAGACUGCAUUUUUAUCUGUGAAAAUCUGUCAUCGUCUCUUUUUGCUACCUAUAAUGUCUUGUUUUUAUGGAUUGUUGCAUUAUUAUUUAGUCAAAUAAUUCCUGCACAUGGCUUUGCUUGUUG